UAUUUAAUUAAUGUAAUACAAACAAAAUCUUAUAGGAAAAUCCCAGGCAAACAUGUAAUGUAGCAGUGUUACUGUUUGUAUGAAAAAUCAGUCUUUUAAAUCCAAACAACACAUAUUUUAGCAUUUAUUGAAAUAUAGGAUUUGUUUUUAAAUGAAAGUAGGAUGAAAUUAAAAACAGUAAAGUAAUAAAAGCGUAUCGAGAGGAGGAGGAGGAGGAGGAGGAGGUGGAGGAGGAGGGACAACAGGGCAGGCUAAAUAACCCAAUAAAUAUAUAAUAAAGAGAGACUGAUUCAAAGGGUAUAAAUUAUAAUCGUCGACGGAAAGUGAUGGCUAGGGGAUCUCUAUCAAUUUAAUUCAAAGUCCAGAGGAAGGAAUGUGCAUGAUGAUAGUGGAUGUUGAGGAGAACGACGACGUUUUGGUACCGCCAACCAAUUUCUCCAUGGUAGAAGACGGCAUUUUCAGAUCUGGCCUCCCUCAACCCUCCAAUUUCGGUUUCCUUGAAACCCUAAAUCUUCGAUCAAUCAUAUACUUGUGUCCAGAGGCUUAUCCACAAGAGAAUAUGGACUUUGUUGAUGCUCAUGAUAUUAAGCUUUUCCAGUUUGGAAUAGAAGGCAAAACGGAGUCGUCUUCUACGUCGAUUCCCAACCAUACUAUAACGGGGGCUCUUAAAGUGUUAAUCGACGUGAGGAAUCAUCCAGUUCUGAUUCAUUGCAAACGUGGAAAGCAUCGGACAGGUUGUCUCGUGGGUUGCUUUAGAAAACUGCAAACUUGGUGCCUGUCUUCAGUUUUCGAGGAAUACCAGCGUUUUGCUGGGGUGAAGUGGAGGGCCACUGACUUGAGGUUUAUUGAGACCUUCGAAGUAAUGUGCCUGAGGCAGUGUCUGUACAGCAUCAUAUACCAGUAUCAAGGAUAUGGUUCAAACAAGAGGAGGUUACUUUACCAGGAAGAGAGUAUACAGAAGCCAAAAAUAAAGUCCAUUUAAAAGAGCUCUGAGAGGAUCCUUGUGUUUUUUUUUUUUUUGGUUCCUGAUCACUCAUUGCGGAGUUGCGUAUGAGCUUUCUUAAAAAACACCAGUUGCAUGCUUUAGGAUGCCGGAUUACAUCUAUACAGAUUUUUCUUGAAACAUCUAUUUGUACCA